AUGACCACGCACUUCACUGUCCCAAUCGCCUCAACAGGCGGCUCAAUCAUCUGCACGAGCCCGUCUGACCCAGAGCAGCAGAACAUUUAUGUGUUAACGUUUACCUCGCCGAAAGAUAACCGGCUGACACCGGCAUUCAUCGAUGCACUGAUUCUGGCGCUGGAUAUCAUCGAGUACCGCUACCCGAAAGGCGUAGUCGUCACCACCAGCGGGAUCGCAAAAUUCUACAGCAACGGACUGGAUCUCGAGGUUGCGGUGAGCACAGAGGGAUUCUUGGAUAAAUGGCUAUGGCGGCUUUUCCGCCGGUUUUUGACAUACCCCAUGCCAACAGUCUGUCUGCUCAAUGGACACGCCUUUGCAGGCGGCUUCAUGCUGGCCAUGUACCAUGACUACCGGGUGCAGAACCCGGAGAAAGGAUUCCUGUGUGUCAACGAGCUGGAAUUUGGAGUGCCGCUGCAGACGCCCAUGAUGUCCAUCUUUCGCGAGAAAUUGACCCCGACCACUUUCCGGAAUGUGGUGCUGGAAGCCCACCGCUUCGGUGGGAAGGCUGCGCUGCAGGCAGGAAUUGUUGAUGCACUGGGCGGAUUGGAUGAGACGCUUUCGCUGAUCAAGGACCGCAAAUUGCUGAAUAAGGCUGCGACGGGGAUUUAUGGAACCAUGAAGGAGGAGAUGUAUUCGCGUGUAUUGAAUGGGCUGGAUGAUCAUGAUGGUAAUUUGAAGUGGAGGGAGAAAGUCGAGGAGAAGAAGGAUGCACUCCAGAAAAGCGGACUGGAGGAUGUUGUAGCCUGGGAGAAGAAGGCAUCGAAGCUUUAA